CAAUUUAAGCAACUUGAAUGACUGUUGGGAUUGAUUCGUUUUUCAUAUGGGUCAUCUAUAAAUCUUCCUAACAAAUUCCACAUCGAUUUGAAAUUUCAAUCCGAUCUUUAAAAAAUCACUCUUUCCCACCAAUCUUGACCGAAUCCCAAAUCCCAAUUCUCCCCCCCUAUAUAAUUUUCAGGAAACGCUCCUCUGACCCACCAAACCCAUAGAAGAAGUCCGGGGAUCUGCUCGCCGGAGCAGUUUCUCCGACCAAGAGCCGGAUUCCGGGGUACCCUUUUCGCCUUCUGCCAGGAACCGAUGGCGUCUGUCGGGAUUCGCUACGGCGUCGGAGGGUCCUCGUGCUCGCUCCGCCGCGACGUAGGCCCUGCUACUGGCCGGGAGAGGCCCUCUUCUCUGGUGAUAUCCAAUCACUCCAGAUCGCAUGCCGGUAACGGGGCCAUCUCGAUUUCGAGGGAUCCCAGGAGGAACGACCCGAAGUUCCCGGGUUCUUGGAUCGAGGGAGGGGGAGACGGCGAUAGCGAAUCCCGGGCGGUCGCUAAUCGGAGGAUGGAUGAGUGGAUGACUACCUCAGUGUCGGAGAUAGUGAAGAAACUCCCCGAGGCCCCGCUGUUCGUGCAGGUGCGCGAGAGAGACCAGGGUGGCGGCAGACGGUUUUUCGAUUUGAAGGUGGAGAAGGAGGUUGGGGCGGGUCACUGGGAUGCUGUGAGGGCCGAGUGGGAGAAAGGGGAGACCUCAUUGCCUGAAGGUGUGAUCUUUGUGGAAGAAUUAGUAGAUAACGAAGAGAAAUCGGACGAUGUUCGAAUCGAUGACGACGGUGAGAGAAUCAACCAGAUUUGGGGGAUCAUCGUGCAGGGGAAGGGGGCCAACUGCGGUGUGCCAGCAUGCUACUUGCUGAAGACGACUCGGGUCUCGUCGGGGUUGGGAUUCUGCGCGGUGCACUUCUUCUUGACAAGGGUGAAGAACUUCCGGGAAAAGGCGAAGACGCAGCUGGACAAAUGCUGGCUGGUGCGGUAGGGAGAUGAGAUGAGAUCAUUUCAUUCUUUCAGACGGUUGUAAACUGCUGAUGGACAAGAAAGUUUGGACCUCCGAUGAAAUUCAUUCUUCGAUCAAGUGUUGUUAUGAUAAUGAUUCUAAUGGCUCAUCAUGUAUAGGAUUGCUCUUUGGAAGAAUUAAUUGCAAAGUGGUUUUACAUUGAUUGAUUCUUUCCUUUUCUCUCCAUCGAGUUUUUUUUUUUUUUGGGGGGGUUGCAUUCUCUGUUUCCGGAAAGAGUUGCCGAUCAGGGCUGUUGAACUCCUGUUUUUUUAAACAGAACGAUGUAGCUGUUCCAUGAGAAUUCAUGGAAGAUUUCCGACUGUUUGCGGUAUAAGUACUGUCA